AUGAGUUUCAGAUUUCACAGUGAGAGACACUCCAGAGAACGAGUUUUUGUACACACGAAUAGUAACACUGACUCAUUAUCAUCAACUUCUACUCAGACUUAUGCAUGGAGUCCAUCCGUUGUUAAACGAGGAUCUUCCUUUGCUUGUAAUGCUUCUUCACUGUCCAGUGGCAACACUACCAAUGAGCGCUCAAUUUGUACUGGGAAUACUUUUGCUAAAGAGCAAACAGUCGUUUGGUCAGCAUUGAACAGUGAGUUGAAAAAUCGUCAAAAAAUUGCCAAGGUCCGACCAACUCCACAAGUGCCUUUGUUAAAGAAAAGUUUAACUGCAGUAGCGGUUGGAAGUUCGUUACAGAACAAAUUGCAUUCUUGUGGAAUGAUUGCUGGAAAUGGCAAUUUAGCAUUGUCAAAAGUCUUACCUUCGCAGCCAUCAUCAUCUGAGAGUUCCGUUUAUUUACGACGGCAAAAUUCUGAUGAUACACCUGUUUGCAAUGACAGUGCUUGCGAAAAUUCAACAUCUGAAUAUGCUCAUUUAUCGGAAUCCAUUGAUGCGCCAAUGAAAGCAGACUUAAUUGUGAAAACGGGGUCUUCAAGUCAAGAUCAAAGUGGAAAAGACGAUGAUGACGUUAGUAUCGCUGGAACGGUCUUCAACGAACCCUGGGAUUCUAAUGUUUGGGAGAAUUUGUUGGAUUUGGCGCAUUAUGGGGAUGAGAAACCAUCGACUCUUACAAGGCACCACGAUAUGAAUCAAAUUGUUCUUGGUGAAGCGAUCGCUGAAGAGGGUGAUGAUGAAGUGAUUUGUUCGCUGGAAAUGAGUUAUGAUGGCGAAGAGGAAAGAAAUCUGCAGAAAUUACAGUCCAUCACUAGUGCAGAUGAUAGUCAAAAUAACAGCGACUACGAUGUAGUGAUUCGGAGGUUUGAUAAUCAUCAUCUAAACAAUAACGCAGGGUCAGAUGGUCGACGUAAUGGUAUUAUAAAUAUUAAUGCACAUUUGAAAAACGAAGAUAAUUUAGACAAGCAACAGCAACUUGAAAAAAUCUGUAAAUCAGUCACCAGUGGUAGUGGAGAUCCGGAAGCAUCAAAUUCAAUGAUGAACAUAAGUAAUGUUGGAGAAAUGUCGGAUGGAUCAGCCACAAUGGAUAGCCAUAAAUCAACAAACACACAUUCACUGCCGCGUAUCCUUCCACGAUAUUCAAAUCUUGAUGAUUCGUGGCUUGAAUCUUUGGAUGACAUCCCAACAAGUAUUCGCGCGCUUUCACCCAUUAUUUCGCCGCCACGGUUGAAAAAUAGUUUGAGCUUAGAUCCCGGUACAAAGAUUCAAGAGUAUGUUGAAAGGCUGUCACAGGAGGGAAACACAGUCUUCGGUGCCACGUUACGCCGUUUCAUUGAAUGUACAUUUGAAGCAGAAGAAUGUGAUCCACAAGUGGUAAUUCGAAAUGUUCGGCAAUUUUUAAAUGGUUUAAAGAAUUAUCUGGUAAAGCAUGGAGAAGGCGAACUUCAUGAUCUGAUUGAAAAAGAGCGCGCACGACUGAAUGCUAAUGAAUUUUUGAAUAUUGAUGCAAUUUUGGAAGCUGUUUUGCACAAAAUUGUUCUUUAUCCAGUAAAACCCCAUCUUUAUCAUUUGAUGGUACGCGAAUAUUCAAAAAAUGGUUGGCUUCAAGCACUUUCGGAAAAUCUUACCUAUGUCCGUACCUUGUCGCCAGAGCAGUUAGGCUUUGGAAUCCGCUGUAAAUUCACGCCACCUACGACGCAGAAAAUGGAGAUAAUUAAGAUUUGUUUACGAAAAAUGCAGCACCACUAUUCACCGCUGAAAAAACUCGAGAAUUUGCUGCGAGUGAUAUUUUUGGCAAUAGGUAAGCAGCACUCCUGCGAUAAUCAUCCGAACAGUGAUAUGGAAAAUUACGAUCCGAUUAGCAUUGAAAACAAGAUUAAAGCUUUGCCUCCUGCUGAUGAAUUGGUGCGAUGGUUAGUAUACUUACUAGCACGUACGUCAACGGUCGGAUGUGAAGUUGAAGCAUGGUACAUGUGGGAGCUGCUCCCAAAACAGUUGCUGACAACUGGUGAUUCCAGUUAUUACCUCAUUACUCUUUUUUCCGCCAUUGAUGUACUGAAAAAUACCGAAAGCAUUCGAAAGUUGGGCCAGGUGGAUGACUCUUCAAUAACGGAAGAUGGAUCGUACUGUUCUUCAUUAGGCAGUGUUAGUCCAGUACUUUCAUCGUCAUCAGAUGCUUUUGUGAAGGUAGCCGUACCCGAUGAACUGGAUGGUUCUAUCCGAUAUCAUACAUUUCCUGGUGUUCCUCAAAUGACUGCUGGAAAACUGUGUCGCGUUAUUGCACAUCAGUUUGGCAUUACAAAUCCUGAAGAUCAUGGAUUGUAUCUUCUAGUUGAUGGUUACGAAACAUGUCUUCUGGCAAACGAAUGCCCUGAUUUAAUUCGCCAUCAGUUGAAGGAGGCACAUAAGGCACAUCUGUUUGCUUAUAAACGACAUGAAGCAAAAAUAGCUUGGCCUAAAUUUGCAAUGUCUUCCCUUUCUUGA